AUGACGAUCGACCUGAAUGUGCCCUACUCGGCGUGCGAGCUGAAGAGGGUGAAGCGCCUCGAGUUGGGCGUGCUGGACCCAGAAAUUAUAAAAAAAAUAGGUGUGUGCGAAGUUGUAAAUGUAGACCUAUACAAAGAUGGAAUGCCAAGGGAAGGAGGUCUAAACGAUAUUCGCAUGGGGACCAUAGACUUCAAAACCUUAUGUGGGACAUGUAACAUGAACGUGAAAAAUUGCCCUGGCCAUUUUGGCUACAUAGAAUUAGCUAAGCCGAUGUACCACUACGGAUUUAUGAAUGUCGUACUCAAUGUAUUAAGGUGUGUGUGCUAUCACUGUGGAAGAUUAUUAUGUAAUACAAACAGCUCCAAGGUUAAAUUCAUUGAAAAAAUUAAGGUGAAUAGUUUAAGACUGAAGAGGUUAUCGGACGUGUGCCAAGGAAUUAAAGUAUGUGAUCACUCCUCUCCUCAAGAAGAAGAUACUUUACAUCUGAAUGAUAAUGCAGUAGAUAAUUUUUAUAAUAAUAAUUUGAGUAACUUAAAUGUAAACCAACAAAUGCUUUUAAACCCUAACAGCUAUAGUAACAUUUUCGAAAUGGUGAAUAAAGAUGAUGUGGACUGUGGUUGUGUGCAACCCAAAUAUACAAGGGAAGGACCAAACAUGUUCAUUCAAUUUUUGCAUUCCAGUGAGGAAGACAUAGAUGAGAGUAAAAGAAAAUUAAGUGCAGAAGAAGCUUUAGAAAUUUUAAAAAAAAUUAGAAAAGAAGAAAUGGCUAUUCUUGGUUUCAGUUCAGAUAGAUGUAUCCCUGCGUCAUUAAUUUUAACAUUCAUUCCCAUCCCUCCUCCUUGUGCGAGGCCAUACGUACAGUAUGGAAAUCAGAGGAGUGAAGAUGACUUGACAUUGAAAUUGCUAGACAUUGUGAAAACAAAUAUACAACUGAAGAGACAAACGGAUAGAGGAGCCAAAUCUCAUGUCCUUCAAGAUCUGUGUGCUUUGUUACAAUUUCACAUUACGACCUUGUUCGAUAAUGAUAUUCCUGGGAUGCCAAUAGCGACUACACGUUCGAAGAAACCAAUUAAAGCUAUACGGACCAGGUUGAAAGGGAAGGAAGGAAGGCUUCGAGGAAAUUUAAUGGGAAAACGUGUAGACUUUUCAGCCAGAACAGUUAUUACAGGAGACCCAAAUUUAAACAUUGAUUAUAUAGGAGUGCCAAAAUCAGUCGCCAUGACUUUAACAUUUUGUGAAACGGUGACUCCACUCAAUUACGACGACUUGAAGAAGCUUGUUGAAAGAGGUCCAUAUGAAUGGCCAGGAGCAAAAUAUAUUAUUAGGGAUAAUGGAACCAAGUAUGACCUCAGACAUGUGAGAAAAAAUUCAGAGAGGGAAUUAGAAUAUGGUUACAAAGUAGAACGCCACAUGACAGACGAAGAUUAUAUACUUUUCAAUCGACAACCAUCUCUUCACAAAAUGAGUAUCAUGGGACAUAAGGCCAAAAUAUUGCCCUACUCUACGUUCAGGCUAAAUUUAGCCGUUACUUCUCCCUACAAUGCUGAUUUUGAUGGGGAUGAAAUGAAUUUGCACCUUGCGCAGUCGCAUGAAACUAGGUCUGAAAUUAAGCACCUCAUGAUUGUGCAGAAGCAGAUCGUCUCUCCGCAGGGAAACAAACCCGUUAUGGGAAUUGUGCAGGACUCCCUUUUAGCCAUAAGAAAAUUUACAAGGAGAGAUAACUUUCUCACAAAGGAAGAAGUGAUGUCUUUACUCAUUUGGAUCCCCUACUGGAACCAUGUGAUACCUACCCCUGCCAUUAUGAAACCCAAGGCCCUGUGGACAGGAAAGCAAAUUUUUUCUAUGCUUCUCCAGUUUGAAGAUUUAGAAAGGCUCAACGACCCUUUGGGAAAUUCCAAAAUGAUGGGGGGGGCUACCCACGGUACCGGGUUAAGAAUAGAAGACGAAAUGGGCCGAGGAAAUAGCAAUAGUGGUGGUGGCGCACACCUCCACCCCCAUAGCCCUUUAGCCAUUGGAGACACUAUAAACAGUAACGUAAAAAAUCAACUCAUUGGAAAUGACGUAACUGGCGCGAGUGGUGCAGAAGGGACAUACAAAGGAGUAGGAGGAUGGGGGAGGAAUGUUAAGAUAAAUUUAAUGAGGGAUUCCUCAACCUCUUGUAAGGAUGACAAUCCAUAUUGCUCCAUCAACGAUGGAAAGGUCAUUAUAAAAAAUAACGAACUGCUAUGUGGAAUCAUAUGCAAACGUACAGUGGGUUCUUCUAGCGGAUCGUUGAUUCACAUUCUGUGGCAUGAAAUGGGUCCAGAUAAAACGAAAGAUUUCAUUUCCGCCCUGCAAAAGGUUACCAAUAAUUGGUUAGAAUAUGUUGGGUUCACUGUGAGCUGCUCCGAUAUCAUAGCUAGCAACAAGGUCCUCGAUAAGGUAAAAGAUAUUCUAAGUAAGUCCAAAAAGGAGGUGUCCAAAAUUGUGAAGAAAGCACAAAGAGGAGAGUUGGAAUGUCAACCUGGUAAAUCCCUUUACGAAUCAUUCGAAACGAGAGUAAAUAACGAACUAAAUUGUGCUCGAGAAAUGGCUGGAAAAGUGGCCUCAGAAAGUUUAGAUGAAAGGAAUAAUAUCUUUAGUAUGGUGGCUAGUGGCUCCAAGGGUUCCAUCAUCAACAUUUCUCAAAUCAUAUCUUGUGUGGGUCAGCAAAAUGUGGAAGGGAAGAGAAUUCCCUUUGGUUUUAACCACAGAUCCUUACCCCAUUUUAUUAAAUUUGAUUAUGGGCCAGAGAGUAGAGGGUUUGUGUCCAAUUCUUAUUUAAGUGGACUCACCCCACAGGAAGUUUUUUUCCAUGCCAUGGGAGGAAGAGAAGGUAUCAUUGACACGGCGUGUAAGACGUCGGAAACGGGUUACAUACAAAGGAGAUUAAUUAAAGCAAUGGAAGAUGUCAUGGUGCAGUAUGAUCGAACUGUUAGAAACUCCUAUGGAGAUAUUAUUCAAUUUCUUUAUGGAGAGGAUGGAAUGGCUGGAGAGUAUAUAGAAGAUCAAAUCAUUGACCUAAUGAAGCUAGACAAUAAGGAAGUAAAAAAAUUAUACAAGUACAACUUCGAUGACGAUGAAGAUGAUGAUCAUGAUGAUAGUUAUGCGAAGGAUUUCUACCUGGACGGUGGAAAAAAUAGAAAAAAUUCCUAUAUUGAUUAUAAUAAGCAGAAUGUACUGAAUCAGGAAUUUGAAGAACUACUAAAAUGUAAAAAUAACAUUUGUAAGGAAAUAUUUCCCGAUGGUAAUGUGAGGCAACACUUACCCAUCAAUAUGAACCGACUCAUCGAAUUUGCAAAAUCACAGUUCCCCUUUGUGCCUGUUGUGGGUACCAAAGUGAAGGAGCCCAUUAGUGCUAAUAGGAUGAGGCCAAAGAGGAGCACCAACAAGAGGAAGUCCAAGAAGGGGAAGAAGGCUCGUUCAAGGGAUGAAACGAAAGCGAUUACUGACCAGACGUUGGAAGACCCGAACGACGAACUCGAGAACAAUGAAUUCAUGUCGGAAAUUAAAAAGGAGUACGAGACAAAUGAUCUCGCCAACGCCAUGAAGGCCCAGCGUGCGUACAGCGGUUUUGAGCCCUUCGAUGAGAACCUCGAGGAAGAGGCGCAUCCCGACGCGAGCGACGAGGGAAGCGGUGAAGAAGAUGGCGAUGGCGAUGAUGAUGAGGAGGAUGAACAAGACGAUGAUGAUGGCCAAUCCUUCGUCAACCCCGUAGAUGUCGUGCACAAAGUCAACCGCUUUCUAGAAAAGCUUGUCAUUAUCAAACAAAUAAACAGCAACGAUACCCUCUCGCUGGAAGCCCAGAACAACGCCACCAUGUUGCUCGAAGCCCACUUGCGAACCUACUUAAAUUCGAAACUCCUGACUCAGACCCAUAAGAUCAGUAUGAAGGGAAUCGACUGGCUUUUACAAGAAAUUGAAAAAAUAUUCUACAAGUCGUUAUGCCACCCUGGAGAAUGUGUAGGCGCCUUGGCAGCGCAGUCAAUUGGAGAACCCGCAACGCAAAUGACACUCAAUACAUUUCACUUUGCAGGAGUGGGGUCUAAAAACGUAACGUUAGGUGUUCCAAGAUUGAAGGAGUUAAUUAAUAUUGUGAAAAAUGUGAAGACUCCAUCUACCACCAUUUAUCUCGACGACGUGGUGUCCAAUGAUCAACAGAAAGCAAAAGAUAUAUUAACCAAACUGGAGUACACAACCCUGAAGCAACUAACAUCGCAUGCACAAAUCAUUUACGACCCCAACACUACAAGUACUAUCCUAGAAGAAGACAAAAUGUGGGUAGAGGAAUUUUAUGAAUUCCCAGAUGAGGAUGACACACAGUAUACUCUAGGAGAAUGGGUUCUACGGAUUCAGCUAACCAACAUUCAUGUCAAUGAAAAAAAAUUAACCAUGAAGGAAAUUGUUUACAUUAUUUAUUCUGUCUUCUCCAGUGAUGAAUUAGAUAUCAUCUACACAGAUGAUAACUCGGAAGAUCUUAUUCUAAGAAUUAGGGUUAAAUACCUAAAUGGAGAGUACAACUUUCUUAAUGACGAUCCGGACCAGGCACAAGAGGAUGAGUACGAAGAGGAAGAAGAGGAGGAAGAUGAAGAGAAUUACAAUCGCAUUGGAAGCACCUUCAAGACGAAGAAGAAGGUCGAGGCGGAUGGUAAUGAAGUGACGCAGAACAAGAAAAAUGAUGAUGACGAUAACCAAAGUGUAAGCAGUAACGGAUCAAGGCAAAACAGCAUGAACAGUGAACAUCGAUUUGGUAGCGCUAGUGGUAGUGCUAGCGGCACGGAUAUGGACGAUGAUGAUGAUGGAAAGGGAGGAAACCACAAUCGGGACGAAGGGGGAAAGGAUAAAACGAGUAAGGGUAAGAACGCAGAGAAAAUAAAAAAAAUGAAGGGGGAAAGUAACAACCGAACGGAUAACAACUAUGUGGAAGGAUACGAAGGAACAGAUUUGUUCGCCAAUGGGGAAGGCAAAAGUGGAGAAAGUGGAAUUGGAAGUGGGUCCGGAACAGCGGAGGACAUGUUUGGAAAGCCCAACUUAAAAAACGCAGAAGAAGAUACACACAAUACUACAAAGGGGAGAAACAGUAUGAGUGGCCUAAAUGCUGGUGGGGGUACUAUGCACAGCGGAAACGCUCCAAAUGGAAAUAAUACAGGCAGUCUAGAUAUGAAUAGCAUGAGAAAUAUGAAUAAUGUGAGCAACCCAAUUCACAUGAAGGAAGACACAGAAGAUACCUUUUUAAAAAAACUGAUGGAGCAAUGCCUAUCGACAUUGAAGUUAAGGGGAAUUGAAAAUAUUACCAAAGUAUACAUGAGAGAAGAAUCUAAAAUAACAUACGACUCCAACAAUGGCAAAUUUGUGAGGAGUUCCCAUUGGGUGUUGGAUACAGAUGGAUGUAACCUUGAGCAUAUUUUCUGUGCUUCUCAUGUGGAUUAUAAAAAAACCAUUUCAAAUGAUAUAGUAGAAAUAUUUGAAGUGUUAGGAAUUGAGGCUGUGAGAAGAGCUCUUCUAAAAGAAUUGAGGACUGUUAUUUCAUUUGAUAGCUCAUAUGUGAACUACAGACAUCUCUCCAUCCUCUGUGAUGUGAUGACUCAGAGAGGUUACCUCAUGUCUAUAACAAGACAUGGAAUUAAUCGAGUGGAUAGAGGUCCUUUAGUAAAGUGUAGCUUUGAAGAAACGGUAGAAAUACUCCUUGAAGCAGCUGCCUUUGCACAGGUGGAUAAUCUUAAAGGAAUAACGGAGAAUAUCAUGCUGGGCCAGCUAUGCAAAAUAGGCACAGGCGUAUUUGAUAUCAUUAUAGACAACCAAAAGUUAAGUGAUGCGAAUCAAAAUUUAGAAACACUGAUGGAUAUUACCAGUGCUGGAUUUACUACUCCAGAUAGCCACCAUGGAAUUACUCCAGAUGGGUUACAAUCUCCAGUAGCAAUUAAUACCCUAAAUUCUCCUCUACCUUUCUCUCCAACCUAUAACGUUAAUUUAUUAUCCCCCACCGCUCCCCUAGACAGUGUCAACGGGAUCUUAUCUCCACAGUGUCUUCAAAAUUAUGCAGAUGGAACUGGUGGUGCUGGGGAAAAUAUUAUGUCCCCAUCGAAAGCUGAUUUUAACAAUUUAGACACUCUAAAAUUGGGCGGAAAAUUCUCUCCUACACAAUCACCCAGGUCACCCACAUCAGUUAUCCACUCCCCAUUCUCCCCAUUUGAUAAUCAUAACCAGCAAGCACUCGAUCCAAGCAUGUUGUUCUCACCAAAAAAUAACAACAGUAGUAUGGCCAUGAUGAAUUAUAAUGUCUUUUCCCCCAAGGCAAAUAUGAAUAAUAUACAAUCCCCUGCUAUGUUAUACUCUCCUAAUCGCGCCUUAGAUAUAUUUUCCCCUAAGCAACAGACGCAGAACAAUAUUUACUCUCCGUCCUAUUCUCCCACGUCCCCCACCUAUCACCUCUCCAACAAUGCCAAUGCUGGUGGCUCCGCCGGUUUGAAUGAUCCCAAGUCUUUUUAUUCUCCGACGUCUCCAACAAAUCAGCUGGGCGAAAUGAACCCUAAUAUGAUGAAGUACCACAGCGUCGUGUCGCCUGUCUACUCUGUUACCUCUCCAAAGUACUCACCCACGUCACCCAAGUAUUCUCCUACCUCCCCGCAAUACAUGCCCACCUCACCCAAGUACUCGCCAACGUCCCCUAAAUACUCACCGACAUCUCCAAAGUAUUCCCCCACGUCGCCGCAGUACUCUCCCACGUCACCUAUUCCGAACAACCCCAGUAGUCCCCACUACUCACCUUACGCCAUAGCCUCUCCCAAGUUUUCGCCCACCUCCCCAGCGUACUCCAUCUCCUCCCCUGUGUAUGACCGAAGCGCCAACGCCAGGAAUAAGAACCAGCACCCCCUCUCCCCGGCGUACAUUCUGCAGUCUCCUGUGCAGGUCAAGCAACACAUCCAGGACGUCAGCGUCUUUUCGCCCAUCCAGCAAGCCAAUGCCGACGAGGCGCAGAACGACGACCCCUUCUCCCCGAUGCCCUACAACAUGGACGAGGACGAAAUGGAGCAGUGA